AACGCGUUAGUAUUCUAUUUCAGCAUACUAUACCAGCCUAUAGAAGGGGAAAAAAUGGAGAUCAAUGGAUUCAUUGUUUCCAUUUCUCUAUUUCUUGUUACUGUAUUAUCAUAUGCUAUUUUACUUAGAAAGAAAAGAAGAAAUCCUGAGAGAAAAUCUAAACUCCCUCCUGGUUCAAUGGGGUGGCCUUAUAUUGGAGAAACACUUCAACUUUAUACUCAAGAUCCAAACGUGUUUUUCUCUGAUAGACAGAAAAGGUAUGGAGAAAUCUUCAAGACUCAUGUACUUGGUUGCCCUUGUGUCAUGCUGGCAAGCCCGGAUGCAGCUCGGUUUGUGCUUGUCUCUCAAGCACACUUGUUCAAGCCUACUUAUCCCAAGAGCAAGGAAAAUCUUAUCGGCCCAAAUGCACUGUUUUUUCACCAGGAUGAGUACCAUAUGCGCCUAAGAAAACUUGUUCAACGCUCCUUGUAUCCGGAAGCUAUUCGAAACCUGGUGCCAGAUAUUGAAACCUCAGCAGUUUCUGCAUUGAAUUCAUUGGCUGACGGUCGUGUUGUUAACACUUUCCAUGAGAUGAAGAAGCUAUCUUUUGAAGUAGGUAUACUAGCCGUUUUUCACCAUUUGGAGCCCCAUUACAAAGAAGAACUGAAAAAGAAUUAUAUCAUGGUGGAUAGAGGUUAUAAUUCUUUCCCAACAAAUUUACCAGGCACUCCAUACCAGAGGGCAGUGAAGGCAAGGAAGAGGCUAAGUGAAAUUCUAAGUAACAUCACUAGAGAAAGGAAGGAAAAUAAAUUAGUCAACGAUCAGGACCUAUUAAGUUGUUUCCUGAAUACCAAAGAUGAAAAGGGUGUCAUUCUAAAUGAGGAUCAAAUUGCUGAUAACAUCAUAGGAGUACUUUUCGCUGCCCAGGAUACCACAGCAAGUGGGAUGACAUGGAUUCUCAAGUAUCUCUACGACAAACCUGAACUUCUCAAGGCUGUUAAGGCUGAACAGAAGGCAAUAUACCAAUCAAAUGGCAAUGGAAAGAACCAUUUGACAUGGAAUCAGACAAGAAAUAUGCCAAUUACUUACAAGGUGAUUUUAGAGAGCUUGAGAAUGUCCAGCAUUAUAUCUUUCACAUUUAGAGAGGCAGUGACUGAUGUACAUUAUAAUGGUUAUCUUAUUCCAAAAGGUUGGAAGGUCAUGCCUUUGUUCAGGAAUAUUCAUCAAAAUCCAGAAUUCUUUGCUGAUCCCCAAAAAUUCGAUUCUUCAAGAUUUGAGGCUGCUCCAAAACCCAAUACAUAUAUGCCAUUUGGCAGUGGAGUACAUGCCUGCCCUGGUAACGAAUUUGCCAAACUAGAGAUGCUCAUUAUGGUGCACCACCUUGCUUCUCAAUUCAGGUACGAAGUAAUGAGACCUGAAAAUGGAAUCCAAUAUGGGCCAUUCCCUGUCCCUUUACAUGGUCUCCCAGCCAGUUUUUGGAAAGAAGAAUGGACCAAUUAGGUCAUACAGCAUGGCAUCAAUUUAUAGCACAGCAUGUCAUUUUUCAUUUUCUGCUCUUAAUUUUCAACUCAAUUCCUUCAACCCCUUCAUGUCUCCAUCAUUUGCACCUAGUAAUUUGUACCAUUUCAUAUUGGAGCACUCGAGAUGAAAAAUAUAAAUGUUAGAAAAGGGCAUAUUUUGGAUCAUGAGCUGAAUUGUUCCUUUUCUUGAAUUGGGAAAAAGUAAUUAUUGGAACCUCACUUUCUGCUAGUCGUACGUAUUCGGUUGGGUGAUGGCUACAUUGCGUAUGCAAGGUGUCAAUCAAUCCUCACAAGAUAUUUUGUGAUCUAAAACUGUCCUCGAUUUCAAUAAUGUUGAUAGAAAAAGCUAUGAUAUUUUUGAGUUACUCAAGCUUGAACAGUUUUAA